AUGGGGGGGGAACAUUCCAAGGAGAGGUCGGUCUACGAAAGCGUCCGCAGACGCGACGUCGAGUCGAUCAGAUCUCUCCACAGACAGGGCGCUGGUCUGCAUGUAAUCAUCUUCUUUAUCUCUUCUACUCCAUCUUCUUCACCGGUUUACGCUUUGGAGGAGAGAAAAUCUCAGCCCUUCUUUUCUCUUGGGUUUCUUCACAACCGGUUGUGUGGGUGCAGUGGAGGAGCUUCUCAGGAAAGACGCCGCUGAUCCUCGCCUGCUCUGAAGCCAACCUUCUGCCCGUCGCCAAGGUUCUCCUCGACCUGGGCGCCGACGUGAACGAUUACGACCCAGGUGACUCUCUCUUUCUCUCUCUCUCUACCUCUCUCUCAUUCAUUCCUUCUAGAGCAUGACGCGCUAUUUGGUUUGAUGGCAGAAUAUGGUGUUGGGACCGCUCUACACAGGGCUGCCAAGAGAGGCCUUGAGCAGACCGCCAUCCUACUCCUCUCGCAUGGAGGUAAUAUACUCUUCGUCUGUUUUAUCUCAAUUGGGUGGACUGGGGAGAAGAUUCACCGUACAUCGCUGGACUAUUAGAUCAGAAUCAAGCGCUUGGACGAGCUUCAUCUGAUCAUAGACUGCAAUAAAUUCUCUCUCCCUCAUGCACCUCGGUGCUUUAGAUGGAAAUCGAAUAAACCCACGUCACAGAAGGUUUUUAACUUCCAGAAUUCUCAGACUUCUCUCCUGACGGGUUCUUCAUGAUUGGUCCCCUUUCUCCAGCGAACCCCCUUCUGCCCAACUGCUUUCACCGUAACUCGCUGGACCACGCUCGGGAAGCAGGCCAUACCGGCAUCGUCCGCGCCAUUGAGGUUGAGAGAGAUACUACGCAAAUACACUGUUAUUUUUGUUAAGAAUAUUUCUAUGUUGAUUACGAAGAUGCCUCUACUUUAAUCACAUAGUCAAUUCGGUUUGAGUGGGGUGAUCUAAUAGCUUAAGGAUGGCAUCCUGGCUAAAGAUGGCUCCACUACUAAACAUGUGAGUAAGUAUAAUCCAUGAGUAUGGGGUCAUGAAGUCGUUCCUCAUUCGCUGAUUUCCGAUUUAUUUUCAGUUGAAUGACCCGAUAACUUGGAAGAUUAUCUAAUUUAUUUGGCUUAACGAACUAAUUGAACUAAAGACCUUUGUCUGUGAUUGUGCAUUCAGAGCCACAUCUGCUUCUUCUCUGGCUGGCUUCGGGAGACCUACCAUUUCAGCAACCCACACCAUGUGCUCACCUCCUUGCGAUCACCGAGAAGAACGUAGGGUCGCCGAUUACUCAAGCAAAUAGACCCACACUGAAUUGUCUCGAGUUCUCAUCCCUAAUAUUCUACCCUUUUUUCUUGCCAGAUGGGCUGUCGUCCUACCCAGCGAUCCUAUUCUUCCGAGGAACCUCACCGGGUUGAAGCUCGCUCUGUAUCGCGAUCGGCAGGUGCAUUGCUUCUUUAGUAUUUCUAAGUCAUGAUGAAAUGAAGAUUAAAGGGUCGUUUUUAAAAGGAAUUAUGUGGGUAUAAUUGUCGAAUCAAUUACCAAGUUUGCGUUUCUAAAUACUAUAGAGGAAGGAUUCUAGACUCAUCAUGUCGGUUUCCUCUGAAAGUAACUUGUCACAUACAACAAGGAUUGAAUAAUAUGUUUUUAGCAAUUAGACACAUUUGGAAAUUAUUCGUAUUUGAAUGUUUAUUUUUCGUAAAUUAAUAAAAGUAUAGCUCCCGUACGAUUGUUCCUAAUGCAUUUUAGGAUUGGGAUUUAAUAUAACAUCGCAAUCUGUGAAUAUUUCUAUUAACUGAUUGGUAACCCGACAACCGCUGCUUCCGUAGAGAGUUGCGAUCGUUUUGAAAUUAGGCCACAACUCAUUAAGGGUUUUUUUUUAGCAUUCUGAUGUUUUAAGAUUAUAUUUUAUCACAAAUGGCAUGCAUUCAUUAACAACUAAAAUUAUAGUACUCGGUAGCCUACCCCCCAUGAAGUUGAAAAUUACGAUUUUGUUUUAAACCUCUACCUUUCAGCAUAUUUUAAUCUAACGAGAUGGGUCCUAUCCCUAGAUAUUUAAACCGAAUAGUUUAUGGGACUGAUCAAAACACAACUGCAACUUUAAGAUGAAGUUACAAUCUUUUCAAUAUAUUCUAUUAUGACCUGAUGGGUGUUAUCAUCCGCAUGCAGUCUCCUAGACCAUUCAAAGUCGUCUCCCUCAAGAAGUUUAUCCUCGAGGAACCUGUUUUCAGCUUCCCAGAUCCCGAGCUGGUUCUCAUCGACAAGUAUUCCAGUGAACUCCUUCACCAACGGGCUCUCUUUUCACUAGUGUUUUUGAUGAUCUCGAUUCCUAAUUCUCUAACUUAUGUAUUCUUUCCCCAAAUAGGCAUGGUUCUGAAGCUUCUCUCCGGGGAAGAAGGGGACAAGGAACAGCUGAAGCUCCUCUAUCAUACUUGCAGAGGAGUACUAGAGGUAAUAAUCUCAUGUUUCCAUCGUCCCACAACCCAAUGUUAAGACAGAUUUGGAUAUUCUAUACGCUGAUAUGAGGUUGUUCCCCCCUCGCAGCCUAACAAACCCUCCUUCCAAAGGACGGCGAGGACAACAACAACGGUUCCGCCGUGGCUCCCGGGCGCCGGCCCCGUCGCUCCGGCGGUGGCCGCCAGUGCUCCCUCGUCCUCCCAAGAGGACGCAGAGAUCGCCAUGGCCAUCGUCGCCUCCAUUCAGUCCGCGGUCGAGGAGGGAAUACCUCUGUCCGCCGUCAGCUUUGGCAGCCCGGAAAAUAGGGAAGGCUGCGGAAACGUUCACUACCCGCCAGUGGACUCUUCGCCCGUGGAUGUGAUCCCAACGACCUUCGUCGAGGUCCCUUUGGCGCCGGCGGGAGAGGGGACAAGUGGAUCCGGCUCCUCCUGCGUGAUAUGCGUCGAUGCCCCAGUGGAGGCCGCGUGCGUUCCGUGCGGCCACAUGGCGGGCUGCAUGGCCUGCCUGAACGAGGUCAAGAUGAAGGAAUUCGGCUGUCCCGUCUGCCGCGCCGACAUCGAACGCAUCAUGAAGAUCUACACUGUUUGA